AUGCAAGCUGGGCAGUGCAUCGUCAAUGGCACCCAAAUGCAGCUGCCAGAAGGCGGCCCUCAGACGAAGCUGGAAGCCAUCCGACAUGAGGCGGAAGUUUUCGAUGCGUUGCGAGUCGCCGCAGUGUUAUUCGCAGAUGCGAGCCGGGUUGUCACGGUGUUGCAAGAGCUGUCAGGGGAAGCCGAACAUGCAGAAAACGUGGCUCGUGUUCUGCAAGAUUACCGACGUGUGGCCGAAAGAACCUCCAUGGAGCCCAUCGACUUCCAGCAACGUGCAGUUGCAGCUUAUCUAGCUGCGAUCCAGCAGAACACGUACUACUUCAGCAUCGAAGAACUGAAGAUCAUUUCCCGCCAGCUCGAAGCCAACAUCUUAAUCGCCAAGGAAGGUUCCUCGCAAGCUUUGACAGUGGAAGCCAUCGUUCAUUGCCAUCGUGAGCAAGAUUUCAAGACAAUCGUUUUGAGGCAGGCGGAAGGGCCAGGCCCAGUUCGCAGCCAUUUUGAACGCUUGCAGAUGUUGGAACCGGAGAGUGACAGCGAGUCAGACGCAGAGCAUGAACGGAAAGCUGGCGGAGAGAGUAGCAGAACAACUCCGACAAGCGGCUCGGACCGCUUUGAAGCAGAUGUGGAGAGAAUUCUGCAGGUUUUCGAGCGCGGGCAAGAUGCUGUGGCUGAACUAGCAGCUCUGCCGCACUACAGCCCGGAAGUGGAUGAGACGUCCUUUGAACAUCUGCGCGCGCGGCUUGUACAUUUGGUCCGAGCGUUUGAGAUGGAUCGGCUCACCUCAGAAGAUACCGUGCAAGUCCAGUACCCUUUGUGGCGUACAGGCUUCUACCCGCUGGCAGUGCUCUUCGAGUGCUGGAGUCGCAGCACAGGCAUCCCUGCGGUGUUCUACACCGACGCGUUUGCCAGCCUAGCUGGCAGCGUGCUGCACAAGGAAAUCGGCGCUGACAUCGCUGGCUUCACCACGCGUAGCAGGUACUGGUGUUGUGGUACUGCGCAGCCUGGAGGUGGAAAAACGCCUGCGCUUGAACCGAUGCUGCGCAUGCUGCGCGCUUGCAUGAACAAGUUACCUCACUUCGCGCCUGGCAGCCCAGCAGAUGCGUUCCACAUGGUGGAGCCGAUGACGCACGCGGCGGCCAUCGCGAAGUUUCGCGACACAGAUGGGUACGGGCUCAUCGCUGCUGGUGAAGGCGGGCCCAUGUUGUGUCCUGCGUGGCCUAGCAAUGGCACGUGGACGCAAAACACGCACAUCAACCUCCAGCGCUUGCUGAACGCCGCUCAAGGCGGAGGCGUGACGUGGGAAACCGUCUUCGAUCGAAAAGAUCGCAAAGCGGCGAGCGUGGAAGCCAUUGGAGGUGCGGACAAGGCCGGCCAAUGCGAGUGUACCAAUGUGACGCUCGCACUUUUCCAACAGCUGUCUGUUUUUCGCAACUGGUGGGCGCAAGGCGAGCUCAAAUCCAGCAUCGGCCUCGCGCAGCGCUUCGUCUUUUCCUUCGGGGCAGUUCGGCAACCUGGCAAGCCGCAAUGGCAGCAGUUCGAAGACACUGUCGUUCGGCCAAUUCUCGAAGGCAUUUUCAGCGUGUUGCUUCAACAUCUGGGCCCCAAGACCGCCUUGCACGAAGCAUCUGCGCAGAGAACAUGGCGCUUGAUGGGAAACCUCCGAGACGAGGUGCAUCAGUACCGUCUCGCUGCUUUCGACUGCAACAAGUCUACGCACUUUGGUGAGGUCUUCGCAAGCGGCUUGAACAAAAGUGUGUACUGGGUAGGUGCCACGGCGACCUUAUGCUGCAUUCUACAGGAGGCUUGGCCAUCCGUGGUACGCGCUCGGCAGGAGCUCGUGAGGUGGACUGGCGCAAUAUCAGUGUCUUCUUUGAAGCAGGCCAUGAUUUUUUUUCAGGAACGGUACCUUUUCGGCCUGGCGACCUUGGACGUGGAAACGCGACGGCUGCAGAAUAAGAAAUCGCCUAGCUUUCCAGAAAGUCAGAAUCAGGCGUAUGAAGACGCUGUCCGCGUUCUGGAGCUGCACGGGCUUGGGACCUCAACCUAUGACAAGGAGAAGGAUGUGUCUGGGUUCAUGAAGCGCAAGCUCUACGAACUAUCUGCAGCAGCUCGAGAGUUCUUGGCCUCCUUGCGAGUGCCUUCGUGGUUUUUCGCGCUCGACGGGAACGCGGCGUGUCUGGCGGACAGUGCUAGACCAGGCAAUCCGCCGGGCAAUCCGCCGGACAGCAAGGGCGGGGACAAGGAUGGCCAGGAGGACAAGGAGGAUGGCAAGGACAGCAAGGACGACAAGGACGGCAAGGACGACAAGAAGGAUGGCAAGGAGAACAAGAAGGACGGCGGCGAUCGGAAGGGGGUGAAGAAGAGCGACCAGGAGAGCAAGAAGACGCGGCAGCAGCGUCAGUACGCGGAAAUUCUCUUCAACGGCAGCCCCGAGUUCUCUAUUGGUGACAUUAAGGCUCUGAAUGCACAAGUGCGUGCAAUUCUGGCCAAAACCCUGCAUGGACAACGAGAUGUACGCCUCAAGAUGCUGGACCGCGCCAAGUGUAUCGCCGUGGAAGGCGAAUGCUCGAAGAAGUCUUGCUCGAGCUGCGAAUGGCGCCUUCUGGCAAGUCUUAGCUUGAAACCGGAUGGCACAUCCUGGCUAACAGUCAAGUGUGACGGUGAACAUGGGGAAAAGUCUCGACCAAAAGGCCAAAAAAUGUGGGCGCCGGCAGAAGCCGCGGCAAUCAAGACGGCGCAUCCAAACGGCGCGCUGCUCAGCAGCCGGAGUGUGCGCGCAGCUCUAGCCGACGCCGGCCUGGACGCGCACAUGGCAAAGCUGCGGCUGAAGCAGUACGUUACGCGAGAGAACAGAAAACGCAGAGGGGGAAAGCAAUGCGGCCAGAAGCCCAUCGUGCAAGAGCUGCUGGAGUCAGUGAAAGCCUGGUCGGACAAGCAGACAACGACUUUCUCCACUGGGCCGUUGGAUGAACUUCGAGUCGUGGGAGCUCCAGAUUGCGGAGUCGGGCAUGCUUUUUUUGGCUGGACUUGUCGAGGAUUCUUGAACCACGCGGUGAAUCCCAACAAAGAACCUGUGUGCAUUGUCGUCGACGGCAAGCACAAGAUCACGAACACAGGGGCCGUGAUCGCAACCGUGAGUUUCCUCGGCAAAGGUGACCUUGGAAACACGAGCUUCGUACACCGAAGUGGGCAGCGAGUGCAGGUUCCUCUGCACACCGGAACCAUGCGGCCAAUAUUGCAGGCGUACAUGGACGCAGAAUCAACGCCAAAUUGGAUUCGUUUGUUCGAGCUCUUGUGCUCGGUGGUGAAGACGGAGUGCGAUUAUGACCUCAAGCCUCUCGUGGUUCAAGUCCAAUGUGAUUUCAACGAUGCUAUAGAGGCAGCGCGUCGCAAGGUGUUUCCAAACUCCCGCAUUGCUCGGGAUUACCCGCAUAUGAUGCGUGCUGUGCACUCAACUCUCACAGCAAAGACGCACGCAGAGCUACGUGGGAGAAUCGUGAGCUUCAUCCGCGCCACGCGCUUCCUGCCCACACUGGAGAUUUUCAGCGCCUGUUGGCGAGCUUUCUUAGAGGAGCUUCGCGACACUGCUGCAAAACCAGCCCGAGACUACCUGGUGAAAGAGUACCUUCAUGUGCAGCAAACUGAGAACAUCAAGAAAUUCUAUGGCCUGCGUGAGAAAAGACUAGUAGACUGCACGGAUAUUUUCUGGGCUGACUACUGGAGUGGAUCCCUGGGCAUGCAUCCAGGCUCGGGCACUGGCAGUCAGACGUUGGAGGGCUUCCACAGUUUUUGGCAGUCCUUGCUAUCAAGAAGAACGCGCCAAAAUCCUUGCAAUGUGCUGGACAUGAUGCAGACACUGUUCAGAGAGCAUUGGCGCAGCUACAUGCGGGAAGACGACAAGUCGGGCUCCUCACUGUGGCCCAAGUCGCCGGAGCCAUCGUUCCUCAAUGGAACCACGCCGCACAGGCAAGGCAUGAGUUCCGCAGCCGAGUACUGGGCCCAUAGACAUGGCAACAACCAUCGCUUUCUGGAGCGCGACAACUCCGCAUUCUGGGUCAUGCGCAGUCAGGCGUCGGACACGUCUGCGUCCGCAUCUGCACAAGUCCAGCGAGCGACUGCCCAACACCUCGUGGACCUGCUGCAUAUGUCGGAGGCAGAAGUACGAGAAGCAUUGCUGAACGCGAAGAUCGUUCAGAUGCGUGAGGGCGCGCCUCACGUCAGCAUCUCAGAGCUGAGUUUGCUGUUCGACGCCCAUUGCGUGGUCAUGGAAGGCGAGCUCCCAGGCCGGUACUGCCCAAAGAUACACAACCGGUGUACAAGCAAAGGCAGGCGCCUCUGCUGCACUUGCAGCCUGUUCGUGCAAAGGGCAGAAUGCCCGCACGUGUAUUUCGUGGCAGGUCUGAAAGAGGAGCUCGAUUUGAACAACAUGCCAGAGAAGCGGAAGCCGGGCCGUCCCAGGGCGGACGCAGCUAAGAAGAAAGCCCGUUACGCCCGCAAGUGA